GCUGAGCGGGAGGAACCGUCUGUGGCACGGCUGAAUCAGCCGGGACUUUGUCUCAUGCACUUCCUGACAGCCGUCAGAGCGAGCAGCCCCGUGCAAGAGACUACAGCAGCGGAGCCCAGGCGCAAACACUCACACUCACUCACUCACUCACUCACACACAGUCACACAGUCUCACACACGCAGUCACACAGGCGCUGAAGCACCACUCCAACAGACAUGGGAUUGUGUUGUUCAGAAAAGACUCAGAGACCAAGAGAAGUGAUAAAGGGCUGGAGAGAGUUCAAGAGGAUGCUGAACCGGGAACUCACGCACCUGUCUGAGAUGAGCCGCUCUGGGAACCAGGUGUCUGAGUACAUCUCCAACACCUUCUUAGACAAGCAGAAUGAGCUGGACCUCCCCUUGCCCCCCUCCAAGGCCCGCGAGAGGAAGAGGAGGCACCACCAUCAGCACCACCAGCAGCAGCAGCAGCAGCAGCAGCAGCAGCUCAUGAUGAGUCACAUCAGUGGAGUGAGGAAGGUCACCCUCGGCCCCAGCAUCACUGGAGGAAGCAGCGUGGCCCGAUUCGGGGUCAAGACCGACAUGGAGGACCUGCUCUCCAAGGACCUGGAGGACAUCAACAAGUGGGGUCUGAACAUCUUCAGGAUAUCGGAGCAUUCUCACCAGCGGCCUCUCACCUGCGUCAUGUACGCCAUCUUUCAGGAGAGGGACCUGAUGAAGACAUUUAAGAUCCCCAUGGAUACCUUUGUGACCUACAUGAUGACCCUGGAGGACCACUACCAUGCCGACGUGGCGUACCACAACAGCCUGCACGCGGCCGACGUGGCCCAGUCCACACACAUCCUCCUCUCCACUCCGGCUCUGGACGCAGUCUUCACUGAUCUGGAGAUUCUGGCGGCCAUCUUUGCCGCUGCAAUCCACGAUGUGGAUCACCCGGGGGUCUCGAACCAGUUCUUGAUUAAUACUAACUCUGAAUUGGCCCUCAUGUACAACGACGAGUCUGUGCUUGAGAACCACCACUUGGCUGUGGGCUUCAAGCUGCUGCAGGGAGAGAACUGCGACAUCUUCCAGAACCUCAGCAAGAAGCAGCGGCAGAACCUGAGGAGGAUGAUCAUUGAGAUGGUGCUAGCCACAGACAUGUCGAAGCAUAUGAGCUUACUGGCGGACCUGAAGACCAUGGUGGAGACAAAGAAGGUGACGAGCUCAGGAGUUCUGCUGCUUGACAACUACACAGACAGGAUACAGGUCCUGCGAAACAUGGUGCACUGUGCGGACCUCAGCAAUCCCACCAAACCCCUGGAUGUGUACCGGCAGUGGACCGACCGCAUCAUGGAGGAGUUCUUCCACCAGGGAGACCGCGAGCGAGAGCGCGGCAUGGAGAUCAGCCCCAUGUGUGACAAGCACACCGCCUCGGUGGAGAAGUCUCAGGUGGGUUUCAUUGACUACAUCGUACACCCACUGUGGGAGACGUGGGCCGACCUGGUCCACCCGGACGCCCAGGACAUCCUGGACACCCUGGAGGAGAACAGGAACUGGUACCACAGCAUGAUCCCCCAGAGCCCGUCCCCGCCGUUCUGCGACGACGAAGACACGGGCGGCGUGGGGUUGAACAAGUUCACGUUUGAGUUGACCUUACCCGCGGACGGGGGAGACGAGGGCGAACCGCACGGCCUACAUCAACACCAACACAGCGGCCACACGCCUCCUCCGCCGUCGUCGUCGUCGUGCGUGGAGAUCGUCACGCAAGCGCCCUCGCCCGUGGACACGUAGCGCCACUGUCACCCGCCCACAUGUGAGUGGGCUCAGGUUCAGAGAAUUAUUAUUUCGUCAAAAGGAGAGGCAAGGGGAAAAAAAACAUCUCUUGGUUCUCGGGUCUUCAGAGGAAGGUUUUGAGUACCUAAAGACUCACCGUGGGUCGAGGUGACCAUGGACGUGACCCCGUGACCCCGCACUUGAAGAUGGGGAGUUCCCCCCCCCCCCCUCGCCACCAGACGCAGUUGUUUUUUUCUACUGCGGAGUCACAGAGACCUCACCUGCAGCUGCUCUUUGAUGAAGCGAAGGGGUUUAAGACAGACCAACCAAACACGGACGAGGGUUAAGGGUCAAGGGUUAAGGGUUAAGGAAGUGAAGACGGAGCAACUGAACACUGACGAGAUGAUAAGACUAAUAGGUUCAUGAAGUAACCCUUUCGUGUUCUGGGUUGGGACAGGUUCUUCCAGAUACUGAGACCUGGGAUUUUGCAUUGGACAAGUUUACUUUUUGUAACACAAGCCUAAAGACUCUUUCUAUACAAAUGUCACAUUUUUUUAUGUUUCUUUUUUUUUCAGGUAAUUUAUUUUGAAUUGUGACUCUUAUUUCAUGAGUCUUUUUUUUAAGCGCUAUCUUGGUACUGAGAGCAGUAGUCUUCCAGGAUUUUGUCAGAAAUGGUUAUUUCUCUUAGACACUUCUCUCGUGUGCACAGCACACAAUCACAAAUCAAGCUGUUCUUAAAAAGAAACUGUAAAGUGGGACAAUUUACUGCAACAAAGUCAUAUCCAAAACACAAUAAUCCUACAUUUCACAUUGAAAGCUUUCCUGUUAUAGCACACUGGUCGUUAGCCCGGAGAAGGCCAUUGGUUCGUUUGGUUGCCAAGAGGAAUGCUACUGACAUACUUUAAGUUAGAAGAGAGGCAAUACAGCAAGACCCACAAGUAAAAGCACUUUAGAAGUGGCACUCAAACCACUUUGAGAGAAACUUAAAAGCAUCUAAAUUAGAUGAGCACUUAAUGUAUCACGUAAAAUGAUUUGAUUUUAAUAUGUUACUAAUCAGAUAAGAAAUGUAUGAACAAUGGAGACCUUGUACUCUUAAAGUAGUGAAACAUUUCCUUAAGUGACUUUGAAUCUCUGAGUCACAAGUGAAGGGGGAAAGGGUUACCCUUGAGUGCCACCGUCUUUUGGGAGUCAUGAAAUACGUUUUUCUGCGCAGUCAAAAACAGCCUCAAUGCGAUGCCCGCCAUCCAGCAUCAGCCUGAUUACCUUUCAGCCCUGUGCUUGGAUUAUAAUUCUCACGCUCCCCAUGUACUGUUGAUUAAAACAACAUUUAUGAGCAAUGUAGACCUUCAAUCAAGUACUAAACUGCUGGUCUUCCAGCAUUACAUUGUAUGCUGUAUUUGUAAUAAUACUUUUUCCAUUGUGUAUGCUGCUAUCCUAAGCUUUGUUAUCCCAGCUUGUCUUUGUGUAGAUGUAUUGUAUGUCUAUCCUUAAUUGCCAAUGUUGGUUCACAAUAUUUAUAAUAAUUGGGAACCUAUCAUAUCCAUUUGUGAACAAUCCACUGUCUUCAACUACAGAAUGCACUACUGUGAACUUUAUCAAUGGGGAAACUAUCGGAAUCUCAACAGUCUUUUCUAUGUUUUUUUGUUGUUAUUGUUGUUCACUGAGAAACUUGGAGCAAUUCCUACAUAAUUAAUUGACUAUGGUAGACAAAGAAAGAACAAAAAAAGAUUAUUUGAGCACAAGGAAGGAAUAUUUCAACUGGAGGAAAUGAUUUUAGGGGGUUUCCACAGUCUUAUCUAAACCUGCAUACAUCUGGGAAUGCACACAGGUCUUGUUGAAGGCUCAAGAAGGCCGUCAUCCUUCUGAAACAUACACUUUUUCUUCUUUUUCUUGACCAGACAUCAUAUGCAGAGCCAUUCAUGAAGCUCUACAUUAUCCAGUCAGUUUGUUAAAUGUUGUCUCAAGUUUUCCAAUAAAUGUAUGAAUACACAAGAAA